AUGCCUUCUCUCGAUAUCAGUCAUACGACCAGCCUCGCCUCGAACGGUAACAGCAUGACCAACGGCAAGUCCAAAUCUUCAACCCAACAACCUCUACCUGAAGCGCACCAAAAGGCGCUGGACGCCUGUCGCGUCAACCUGAUCAAGGAGAGGCUCUCGCAUCGUCAACUCUGUCAUUCGCUCUCGGUCCGUUUCGUCAAGGAUCCCGAGAUCGCGGUCAUGGCCGCCGACGCCGGUUUCCAAGGCAUACUCGUCGAUCUCGAGCAUUCGACGUUGAACCUGGCAGACGCGGCGGCGAUCAGCUGCGCUUGUCUUUGUCGAAUCCUAUUGUUCUCCAACACGUCUAUUGUUCUCAGAACAAUAGACCGCAUGGAACAAUAA